ACACACACACACAGAGAGACACACACACACAGAGAGACACACACACACACAGAGACACACACACACACACACACACACACAGAGAGACACACACGCACACACAGAGACGUUAUUGUCUCUGCGAGUUAUUGACGUGUGUCUGCGAGUUAUUGACGGCGCGUUCGUGUGUCUGCGAGUUAUUGACGAUGCGUUUGUUUGUGUGUCUGCGAGUUAUUGACGACGCGUUCGUGUGUCUGCGAGUUAUUGACGACGCGUUCGUGUGUCUGCGAGUUAUUGACGGCGCGUUCGUGUGUCUGCGAGUUAUUGACGAUGCGUUUGUUUGUGUGUCUGCGAGUUAUUGACGACGCGUUUGUUUGUGUGUCUCUGCGAGUUAUUGACGAUACGUUCGUGUGUCUGCGAGUUAUUGACGACGCGUUCGUGUGUCUGCGAGUUAUUGACGUGUCUCUUCGAGUUAUUGACGAUGCGUUCGUGUGUCUGCGAGUUAUUGACGACGCGUUCGUGUGUCUGCGAGUUAUUGACGGCGCGUUCGUGUGUCUGCGAGUUAUUGACGACGCGUUUGUUUGUGUGUCUCUGCGAGUUAUUGACGACGCGUUCGUGUGUCUGCGAGUUAUUGACGACGCGUUCGUGUGUCUGCGAGUGAUUGACGGCGCGUUCGUGUGUCUCGGCGAGUUAUUGACGAUGCGUUUGUUUGUGUGUCUGCGAGUUAUUGACGAUGCGUUUGUGUGUCUGCGAGUUAUUGACGAUGCGUUUGUGUGUCUGCGAGUUAUUGACGAUGCGUUCGUGUGUCUGCGAGUUAUUGACGAUGCGUUCGUGUGUCUGCGAGUUAUUGACGUGUCUCUUCGAGUUAUUGACGACGCGUUCGUGUGUCUGCGAGUUAUUGCCGACGCGUUUGUGUGUCUGCGAGUUAUUGACGAUGCGUUUGUGUGUCUGCGAGUUAUUGACGAUGCGUUCGUGUCUCUUCGAGUUAUUGACGACGCGUUCGUGUGUCUGCGAGUUAUUGACGUGUCUCUUCGAGUUAUUGACGAUGCAUUCGUGUGUCUGCGAGUUAUUGACGACGUGUUCGUGUGUCUGCGAGUUAUUGACGACGCGUUUGUUUGUGUGUCUGCGAGUUAUUGACGACGCGUUCGUGUGUCUCUGCGAGUUAUUGACGAUGCGUUUGUGUCUCAGCGAGUUAUUGACAAUGCGUUUGUUUGUGUGUCUGCGAGUUAUUGACGAUGCGUUCGUGUGUCUCUGCGAGUUAUUGACGAUGCGUUCGUGUGUCUGCGAGUUAUUGACGUGUCUCUGAGUUAUUGACGAUGCGUUCGUGUGUCUCUGCGAGUUAUUGACGAUGCGUUUGUGUGUCUGCGAGUUAUUGACGAUGCGUUUGUGUGUCUGCGAGUUAUUGACGAUGCGUUCGUGUGUCUGCGAGUUAUUGACGAUGCGUUCGUGUGUCUGCGAGUUAUUGACGACGCGUUUGUGUGUCUGCGAGUUAUUGACGCGUCUCUUCGAGUUAUUGACGAUGCGUUCGUGUGUCUGCGAGUUAUUGACGACGCGUUCCUGUGUCUGCGAGUUAUUGACGUGUCUCUUCGAGUUAUUGACGAUGCGUUUGUGUCUCUGCGAGUUAUUGACGAUGCGUUCGUGUCUCUGCGAGUUAUUGACGAUGCGUUUGUGUGUCUGCGAGUUAUUGACGAUGCGUUCGUGUCUCUUCGAGUUAUUGACGACGCGUUCGUGUGUCUGCGAGUUAUUGACGUGUCUCUUCGAGUUAUUGACGACGCGUUCGUGUGUCUGCGAGUUUUUGACGACGCGUUCGUGUGUCUGCGAGUUUUUGACGACGCGUUCGUGUGUCUGCGAGUUAUUGACGACGCGUUUGUUUGUGUGUCUGCGAGUUACUGACGACGCGUUCGUGUGUCUCUGCGAGUUAUUGACGACGCGUUCGUGUGUCUCUGCGAGUUAUUGACGAUGCGUUCGUGUGUCUGCGAGUUAUUGACCAUGCGUUCGUGUGUCUGCGAGUUAUUGACGUGUCUCCGAGUUAUUGACGAUGAGUUCGUGUGUCUCAGCGAGUUAUUGACGAUGCGUUUGUGUGUCUGCGAGUUAUUGACGCGUCUCUUCGAGUUAUUGACGAUGCGUUUGUGUGUCUGCGAGUUAUUGACGUGUCUCUUCGAGUUAUUGACGAUGCGUUCGUGUGUCUCAGCGAGUUAUUGACGAUGCGUUUGUGUGUCUGCGAGUUAUUGACGCGUCUCUUCGAGUUAUUGACGACGCGUUCGUGUGUCUGCGAGUUAUUGACGUGUCUCUUCGAGUUAUUGACGAUGCGUUUGUGUCUCUGCGAGUUAUUGACGAUGCAUUCGUGUCUCUGCGAGUUAUUGACGAUGCGUUUGUGUCUCUGCGAGUUAUUGACGAUGCAUUCGUGUGUCUGCGAGUUAUUGAUGAUGCGUUUGUGUCUCUGCGAGUUAUUGACGAUGCGUUCGUGUCUCUGUCUCUGCGAGUUAUUGACGACGCGUUUGUGUGUCUGCGAAUUAUUGACGACGCGUUUGUGUGUCUGCGAGUUAUUGACGAUGCGUUUGUGUCUCUGCGAGUUAUUGACGAUGCGUUUGUGUGUCUGCGAGUUAUUGACGAUGCGUUUGUGUCUCUGCGAGUUAUUGACGAUGCGUUUGUGUCUCUGCGAGUUAUUGACGAUGCGUUCGUGUGUCUGCGAGUUAUUGACGAUGCGUUCGUGUGUCUGCGAGUUAUUGACGAUGCGUUUGUGUCUCUGCGAGUUAUUGACGAUGCGUUCGUGUGUCUGCGAGUUAGUGACGAUGCGUUCGUGUGUCUGCGAGUUAUUGACGAUCCGUUCGUGUCUCUUCGAGUUAUUGACGAUGCGUUCGUGUCUCUUCGAGUUAUUGUCGAUGUGUUCGUGUGUCUUUGAGUUAUUGUCGAUGCGUUCGUGUGUCUGCGAGUUAUUGAAGACGCGUUCGUGUGUCUCGGCGAGUUAUUGACGAUGCGUUCGUGUGUCUCGGCGAGUUAUUGACGACAUGUCUGUGU